GCGACGGCCGCGAAGAUGGCUGCUGCGUCUUCGUCGGAUUCCGAGGGCGGCCGAGCUGAGAGCAGUGAGGCCAGUUCGAAAUGGCUCGACGCGCACUACGACCCCAUGGCCAACAUUCACACCUUUUCCGCAUGCCUGGUGCUGGCAGAUUUGCAUGGGGACGGGGAAUACAAGCUGGCGGUGGGGGACCUCGGCCCCAGUGGGCGGCAGCCCUGCCUGAAGGUGCUUAAAGGACCCACAGUGCUGGCUGAAAGCGCGCUACCUGCCCUGCCGGCCGCCGCCGCCGCCUUCCUCAUGGGACAGCAUGAGCCGCGGACCCCAGCUCUGGCCCUCGCUUCAGGCCCUUGUGUCUAUGUAUAUAAGAAUCUCAGGCCCUACUUCAAGUUCAGCCUGCCCCAGUUGCCUCCAAACCCCCUGGAGCAAGACCUUUGGAACCAGGCCAAAGAGGACCAGAUCGACCACUUGACCCUGAAGGAGAUGCUGGAGGGUAUCCGGGAGAAGGCAGAGGUGCCUUUGUCUGUACAGUCCCUCAGGUUUCUGCAGCUGGAGCUGAGCGAAAUGGAGGCAUUUGUGAACCAGCACAAGUCCAAACCCAUCAAGCGGCAGGCAGUCAUCACCACCAUGACCACCUUAAAGAAGAACAUGGCUGACGAGGACGCCAUGUCCUGCCUGGUGCUGGGCACCGAGAACAAGGAGCUCCUGGUGCUGGACCCGGAGGCCUUCACCAUCUUGGCCAAGAUGAGCCUCCCCGGCGUCCCCGUCUUCCUGGAGGUUUCUGGCCAGUUCGAUGUAGCGUUCCGCCUUGCCGCUGCCUGCCGCAACGGGAACAUCUAUAUCCUCAGAAGAGACUGCAAGCGCCCCAAGUACUGCAUCGAGCUGAGCACCCAGCCUGUGGGGCUUGUCCUGGCACACAAGGUCCUGGUGGUGGGCAGCACCCAAGACAACCUGCAUGGCUUCACCCACAAGGGUAAGAGGCUGUGGACAGUGCACAUGCCAGCAGCCAUCCUGACCAUGAACCUCCUGGAGCAGCGCUCCCGGGGCCUGCAGGCCGUCAUGGCUGGGCUGGCCAAUGGAGAGGUCCGCAUUUACCACGACAAGGCCCUGCUCAACGUCAUCCGCACCCCGGAUGCAGUGACCAGCCUUUGCUUCGGCCGCUACGGGCGGGAAGAUAACACCCUCAUCGUGACUACGCGAGGUGGUGGCCUGAUUAUCAAGAUCCUGAAGCGCACAGCAGUGUUUGCGGAGGGGGCAGGGGAGGUGGGCCCCCCACCAGCCCAGGCCAUGAAACUCAACGUGCCCCGAAAGACCCGGCUUUAUGUCGAUCAGACCCUGCGAGAGCGGGAGGCUGGCACCGCCAUGCACCGGACCUUCCAGACCGACCUCUACCUGCUGCGCCUCCGGGCCGCCCGCGCCUACGUGCGGGCCCUCGAGUCCAGCCUGAACCCCGUCUCUGCAACAGCCCGGGAGCCACUCAAGCUGCACGCUGUGGUUCAGGGCCUGGGCCCCACCUUUAAGCUCACACUUCACCUGCAGAACACCUCGACAGCCCGACCCAUCCUGGGGCUGCUGGUCUGCUUCCUGUAUAACGAGGUGCUCUAUGCCCUGCCCCGGGCCUUCUUCAAGGUCCCCUUGCUGGUGCCAGGGCUCAACUAUCCCCUGGAGACCUUUGUGGAGAGUCUCAGUGACAAGGGCAUCUCAGACAUCAUCAAGGUGCUGGUGCUUCGAGAAGGCCAGAGCGCACCCCUGCUGAGUGCCCAUAUCAACAUGCCCGUGAGUGAGGGGCUGGCAGCAGCCUGAGCCCUGGGCCGGUGGUAGAGCCCCUGCGCAGUCAGGCCCCGGAAGAUCCUGCCCCUUCCUCUGAGCUGGGCAGUCAGUGGCCCCAGGCCCACUCUACACGGCAGCGUGCUGGGGCGACAGCUUCCUUCUCUCCCAAGCACCCCCUUUCUCACCACCCCAACCACUGGGUGACCUAUCGCUGCAGGUCCUGAGUAGCCGGGAGGUUGAGCUCCUCCCCUCCUCAGGAAGACGCAGGCACUGGCCCCCAGGGCCCCUGCUGCGCCUCCAUCCUCCCCACUCUUCUCCAAAAACCACAGCCAGGUCCAGAGGAGCCCCGAAGUGGUCAAGGCGAGACGAGGGGCACAGGCCCAGCCUUCUCCUUUGCCACCUCCCUCAGGCACAUCGCUCACCUGCCUCUGCAGGCCUGGGCCAGAAUUGGCUGGGGCCUGGCCUGGGACACUCAGAAGCUUUUCUUGGGUGAGACUGAGCCCCCUGUUGCUCCCUGGGGUUCCACAGACUUGGCUGCUGCCAGCUCAGCUUGCAGGUAAAACGCACGCUCUGAUCUCCCCUCAGGAGCUGAGCAAGGGGCCCAGGGAAUAGCUGCCUCCUCUCAGGGGGCUUUUCUGAAAUCUUGGUCUCAGCCAAGGUCUCAGGCCUAUGAUGCUCCUUAAGAUUACCAAGGAGGAGCUGAUACGCGAGGGCAUAGGGUGCAGGGAGCUAGUGGCCCCGCCCCCACCAGCCUCCUGACUUGGAUGCUCCUGCCCAGAAAGAGCAUCCCAGGAGAAGAAGGCUAAGCUAGACAGACCACAGGUGGGGUCCAGGCACGUAGGUGGGGUGUUUUGGGGGAGCUGGCACAGGAGGCAGAAGCCCAGAACUGCCAGUCAAGAUGCUCUUCUGCACCCUGGAGCCCAGAUCAGUCAUGCGAGUGGAAAGUUCACCAGGCAGCGUGAGCCACAGUGUGAGACAGUUAGCUGGAAAGGCGUGGACCAGAGGCAGUGAGUGAGUCUGAAGACUGACCAAAGGCACAUGUUUAGACCACAAGGGCCAGAGACCCACAGUCCCUGCCCUUGGUGCCUCCGGGGGCCCCCGGCCAGUAUGCCUGGCCCACCUCAGAGCCCUCUGUUGGGCUGCUGCUACCAGGGCCGCUCUGAGCCACUUGUGAACCAGGAACCCUGCUGCCUGAGGAUGUAUAUCUUCCCCCCUCUGACCAGGUGCAGCCUAGCGUCUGGCAGACGGCUGAGGCUUGUGGGAAGUAACCAGAUCUUUCUGGGCUUCAGUUUCCCCAUGUGAGGAGGAUUGACCAGAUUCAGCUCUUACCAUCCUAUGAGCUUGGCAGCCCCUCUAGAAGAAACGAGGAGUCAACUCCGAAAGGGGAUACUUGACAGGAGUAACUGCAGAGCUUUUGCCCUUGAGACCAAGGGCCUCAAGCUGACUGCCACUGCCAGGCAACAGCCUCUGUGCCCAAGACACAGUGAGGGAGUGGGGUGACACCCCCCACAGCCAACCCUCUAUCCAUCCCAAGGAAUGCAUUCUGGGGCCAGGUUAAGAGAAGCAUGGAGCCUGGACCAAAGAAGGAGCCCAUCCCCCUCCUAGGCUCCUCCUCUCUACAAAGUCCAGCCACUUGCAGACAUAGACCAACGGGGUCAGGAUGGUGAAGGGUUUCUAGAUCAAGCCAGCUGAGGCACAGUUGGAACAAGCAGGAGGUUUAGCCUGGAGAUGGAAAGAUGGGUAGAGGAAGUAUGGCUGUCAGUCAGAGAGAUUUCAACUUAAACUGAAGAGCUUUCUCAGAGAGCGCAUCAGAGAUGGGAGGGCCUGCCCUAGGAGCUGAUGAGUCCCUCGUGACUGGAGCGAGCGGUGUCACUGGGGCUGGCCUACCACUUUGCAGGGUUGUGUGUUGGGCCAGAUGACCUUACUUUCCCUUUCACCCCAGUCAAGUGAUGAACUGUGUGAACUCCGAACAAAAAAGUCUGAUGUGGGCUCUGUUCAUAGCUAUUCAUGAUAAUAAAAGUGGAGAAACUGUUCGUAGGCCCAGCACCGAA